UGUACUAUUGGAUAAUUUCCUCGAUUUUAAAACCAAGUUUCUUCUUUCCCAUUAAUACCUCUCCUCUUCCCCCUCUCUCUCUCUCUCUGUCUGUCUGUCUCUGUCUGUCUGUGUUUAGCUUUCUGGUAGAAAACAACCAGCAUCAGAAGAGAAAGAAGAGAGAUGUACCAAUCGUCGUCGUCUUCGUCAUCUCAGGGUUCAGUGGUCCCCACCAAUGGCAGUGGCAGUGGCAGUGGCCUCAUCCGCUACGACUCAGCUCCUGGCUCCUUCCUCACCUCCGCCGUCGAUUCUGUCAUGGGAGCCACUCGCGACUUCUCAUCCCUCCGAUCCCAACAUCUCAACCUCAUCGCCUCCUCCUCCCUCCCGCGCUACUUCUCCACCGACACAUCCGAAUCCACUUGCAAGGCCAAUCCUCCUCCUCCAGAUCCCAAAGACCACAAAAACGAGCCCACCACUACUAGAUGCUUAUUACAAACACCAACACCCUACGGUUUCAAUGAGAUUGAAGUUGGUUCCGACUUCCCUACUACUAGGGUUACCUCCAUUAAUUUGAAUCCCAAAAGCAGUGCCGCUGGAUCUUUGGUUCGUCACAGUAGCUCACCUGCUGGCUUUCUCAAUCAUCUCACUUCUGCUCUUACAGCUCCUCCUACAACUCCUCCUCCUCCUCCUCCUCCUGAUAACGGAUUUUCAGUCACAAGAGGGAUAGGACGCUACAAUUCCAAAGGAGUUUCCCAUAGUGGCAAUGGGAUAUCAAGGUUGAAUUCUCAAUUGAGCUUCACAAGACAAGAUUCUCUCUCUCAUAUCUCUGAAGAAAAUGAGAAUGUUGCUAAUGGCAUCAGGACAGAUAAUGGCCACAGAAAAGCUGCUCAUUCUUAUGCCACUCCUAGUUUUGGGAUGGGCUCUUGGGAUGAUUCUAAUGCCAUUGUGUUUUCUGCUUCAUCUAGCAAACGAGCCAAGAGUAUGAGUAGUGACGUUGUUCAUUGUCUAGAAUCACAGUUUCAGUUUGGUCUGCCCCAGACAGAUGAAGAGAUGUCAACAAUGGAGAAUUUACUACAAAUCCCUGAAGACUCUGUCCGUUGCAAAAUUCGUGCCAAGCGUGGUUAUGCUACUCACCCCCGAAGCAUUGCCGAAAGAGACAGAAGAACUAGAAUAAGCGGGAAGCUGAAGAAUCUUCAAGAGCUUGUCCCUAACUUGGAUAAGCAAACAAGCUACGCCGAUAUGCUGGAUUUGGCAGUGCAACAUAUUAAAGUCCUCCAAAAUCAGGUUCAGAAGCUUCACAAAGAACUUGAGAAUUGCACAUGCGGAUGCAAGUAAACCACACGACACUAGUGAAUGAGCUAUAUCAUGAAAUGACUAAGCACUCAAGACUCAAGUUUGAUGCGAAGGGUCAGUGAAUCAAGCCAAAGAGAUCCCUAAGGUAAGAAGAAGAGUAGCAUUCAAAUUUGUAUAUAAGGAAACACAAUUCUUCCUUACUUGAGCAGAAGAGAUUUCUUUCUUUCCUUUUCUUUUCUUUUUUUUUUUUUUUUUUUUUUUUGCCUAUUUAUUUCUGUACCAAAAACUUAUUUAAAUGAUAUUUUUUAUUUCUUUUCUUUGA